AUGGAGCACAUACACAGCCUCGACGUGAGCUGGAUGACCCACGGGAAUCCUAAAGACAGACCCGUGAGACCACUACUCGGCCGUCAAAGAUCACUCUCGAACCCAGCGCCCUUGGACUCGCCCACCCCCGCAGCGACUACCAACGGCCAUGGUAGGAACGACAGCACUCAGGCGGCACAAGGCACGCCAAACGUGGCACCAAGUCCAAACCGACCAGCGCUUGGGACAAGAACGAGUUCAGACGAAAAGCGAAUACCCCAACCUGCCGUUCCCCAUCCCCCUCAGCGAAGGGGCUCCUGGUUCUCCAAUAUCUCGCAGAAAUUCAGCUCGAGCAACGGUGCGACACAAAGCCCCCCUGUGGCGAAUACUGCUUCUCCCAAGCCCGCCGAGUUCUCUGUUCCAAAAGCCAACCCAGCCAAGCAGGCCGUUCUACAACAUGCGGCGAAACCAGAGGGCGAGGGUCCCUAUACCCCUGCUCCGCCGCGAGGCUCUCAGACAAAUGGGCUCCUACACGUAUUUCGAAGAUUAUCAUCGUCAACUUCUAGCGGAAGUUUGAAUCCGACGUUCAAAGCUCACAAUCAUGGACUGGUGGAAAGGCAGGUGCUGAAUGUGGACCGGAAUCGGGAGCGCUGCGCCAUCUCAGGGUUGAACCAGGCCAAGCUGAGGAGGGUGGCGUUUUGCGUCGACGUGGAGAUUGCUCCAAUGCCCAAAUACAUUGACGAAAUGGACGAGCGAAAAGCAAAGGACAAAGCGGCCAAGGAAAUGAAAAAGAAACUCAAGGAGAAGGGCGAGGCGGAAGCUCUCAAGAACCUCAAAGCGGUGGAAUGCCAAAAGGAAGUUGAUGGUUCCAUCAAAGCCACGGGGGAAGAAGUACCGAAGGAACCCGCCACAGAGGGCACAUCCUCAACUCCACGCCUGUGCACCUCGCCAGCUGCAGCUUCGCCAAUACCAAUAUCUUCUGCUGCUUCAGCAUCCGACGCAAGGAAGAAAGAAAAGAAGAAGAAGAGCGAGGAAGACCGCAAGGCCCGCAAGGAACGGAAACGGCGGCAGGCGGAGGCCAACGGAACUGUUCCUAUGGAGCUCUAUUACAACUCUGAUUCUGAUUCCUCCACGUCCGCCAACGGCGGGAGUUAUCGACCUGAAACACCUGCCGGACUUGCAAAUCCACCUCAAACGAUGCCCACUACCAACCCAGUUAGGAUAUACCGCCGGUGCUGUCAGCUGCGGGAGACACAUAUUCUUAAGAAGAUAACCGAACAGCUGAUGGACCCGGCCAACUUUUCUGCUGAGACGGGUAUGGUUGAGAAGCUGGAUUUGACGGGCUACUACAUGGCGCUGCCCGAUCUGGUGACGUUGGGUGAUUACCUCGCUGUUGUCCCCGUCAGAGAGCUGAUUCUGGUGGACUGCUCCUUGGCAGAUGAAGGGCUCAGAGUUAUCCUGGCUGGCUUGCUAGCAGCGAGAAAAACCAAGGUUCCGUCACCACUAAAACGAAGGAGACAGUUGCAACUACAGCAGCAGAAAUCAUCAACUGGCACCGUCGAUGGGCUCAUAGAGCAAGGCGGUGUCGUUGAGCGGCUGGUGCUUAGCAACAACAGAAUCGGCCCGGAGGGCUGGAGGCACAUAUGCUUGUUUAUCUAUCUUUGCAGGACCCUCAAGGUCCUGGACUUGAGCGGGAUUCAGUUCCCACGACAUGUCUGCGUUCCCCUGCCGGAUGGGCAACAACCACCUCCUCAAGCUCUGUGCUCGCUCUUUGCGAAGUCAUUAGGGGAAAGACUGGGGGGGUCAACACUUACUCUGCUAAGUAUGGCGCAAACAGGACUGUCUACACCUCAGCUGGCAGCCGUCAUCGACGGUGCUAUCAAAUGUGGAAUUAAGAGGUUGAAUCUGGCGCACAAUGAUAUUGACUCGGAGGGCCUGGCCCACGUGGCGAGAUUCCUGAAGAGCAACCAGUGUGAGGGCCUUGAUUUGGGUGGGAAUGACCUUCGGGACAAGCUGGGAAUACUGGCCGAUUCACUCGAGGUGGAAACAUGCCCUCUUUGGGCGCUCAGCCUGGCUGACUGCAAUCUGGAGCCGUCGAGUCUGUGCAAGCUGUUCCCUACACUGGUGAAGCUGGAUCACUUGAGGUUUAUCGACUUGAGCCAUAACCAUGAGCUCUUCAGCUCAGACCCGAGCGCGGUGGCUGUUCUGAGAAGAUAUCUUCCCAAGUUUGCUUGCCUCAAGCGCAUCCAUCUGGCGGAUUGCACACUUAGUGCUGAGCAAGCCAUUGCUCUGGCAGAAAUCCUGCCGGAGGUUACUGGCUUGGCACAUAUCAGCUUCCUGCAAAACAAGGACCUUGUCGAGCUCACGACAAGUGCGAAUUCUGAAGAGAAACAAGAAGAGGCAUGUGCCCUGUUUGCAUCGCUCCUCGCUGCCGCCAGGGUUUCAACCAGCCUGGUGGCAGUUGAUAUCGAGGUACCCAGCGAGCAAUCGAGUGAUUUGGUCAAGGCCAUGGCCAAGCAAGUCGUCGCGUAUGGGUUGAGAAACAUGGAGCUUGCUACUGCUUUGCAGACCGCUACAUCAGCAACAACGCCUGCACCAACAGCUGAGGAGGGCUUGCUGUCGGGUAGCUUCAAGGCCGAGCCCGAAUAUCCCGAUGUCCUGCAACGGCUGGUUGGACACGAUGUCAUGCUCUCUUUGGAUGCUGAUGCAGAUGUUGAUGCCGCUCCGGAUAACGACUAUGUCAUCGGCGGCACUGGAGUCGUCAAGGCUCUUGCUUGCUGCCUCAAGAACAGGGGCGAUGAUAUUUCUUCGCAUUCUGUCCCUGAACUGUUGGCUGGUGAGGUGGAUCAGGUUUCCUUGGGAGACGGUGAGAAGGAACCUACCACUGCGGUGGCCAAGGCCAAGGAUACGAGCAAGCACCUGCUGCUCAGCGCUCGCAAGAUCCGCUUGAGGCUCCAGCCUGCUAUCGUCAAAGCCAAGAUGGCGGCGAAUGAUAGCCACAAUUAUCACCGUCUCAUGUUCUUGGAUAAUACCCUACAUGGCAUCAUCAAGCGCUUUGAAGACGAGUUCCCCGACACCCGCCUGUCAGCAGCCGACGACUCGGGCGUGGACACCGCCAGCACCACUGCCGGAAACGACAAGGGCGAUGCCGCUUCCUUUUCUUCCCUUGACAACGCUAAUGGCAAAUCAUCCAGCCUGGCAUCUGGUCCUACUCCCCCUCUCCCAACUGACUCGGACCUCUCAGCCAAUUAUACAGCUGCCAUUAUUUCCGACGCCGAAGACGACGCCGUUGCUCAAUCACGCGAGUCCCGCAAGGCCCUCUCUCGCUCCAACUCGAUCAUUUCUUUGUCUUCCAAGGCGCUCGCAGAUGAAGAGGCGCGCGUUCUCCGGGCGGGUCACAAAUUCCGUGCUGGAAUCGUGGCUCUCCGUCCUGAGCACUACAAUGCCGCGCUUUUGAGUUCGGGAGUCGAAGAAGUCGGGGCGGAUCCCAACCAUGCUAGGUUACUACACGAGUUGCUGGAUGAGAUGGGUGACGCCGACCUGAAGAAGGAAGCAGAAGAGAGAGGCGUGGUCCAGGUGUUCCAGGAGAGGAGGCGAGAUAUACUCAAGAGACUGAGGGAGGCCGAUCCCCAGCAUUGGGACAGUUUUGUGGAGAGUCAGGUCAUGGCAAGGAAGAAUGUGGGGUUGCCUGAGCCGGAGGAGAGGAAGAUCAAGGAGCAGGGUGUUAUUGAUGAGGAGGCGAUUGAGGAUUAAAGGUUUAUAUUUAUUUUUAAGAAAGCAUAGCAUUUUGGUUCUGAGAGUUGAUUAUAUUCGUCUUGGGAGGGGAGGAGUCAGAUAUUGCAUACACGGCGCGGAUGGGGGGUGAUUAUCGGAGGAGUGGCGACGGACAUGGAAUAUAUCUAUGAACGUGGAUUCUCUUGCAGAUGUCAUUUUUGUUAGUCGAUGAGUUGCCUCAAGAAGCUUUCAACACACAUGGGUAUUAUCUACUUUCAAGUUAGACAUGGUUAGAGCUGGUCAAUGUACACGUUAAUCUAUAGUCGAAGGCAAUCCACUUUGCUCAAACUUUUGUAUCACGAUUAAAACAGAUUAUGGUCAUAAACAUAUAUCAU